AUCUAGCUGUCAACGUUGAGCCAGAAAACAACCGUUUACUGAUGAAUCUAACGUUACUUUGCAGAGAAACAUCGUUCAUUCGCUUCGAAAAUAAACAAAUGUUAUUUUUGUACGCGCUUUUAUCCAUUAACGGUUUCCGCCGCGUAUCGGACAUGUAGUUAAAACAUCUGUAAACUUUGAAGAAACAUGUUCAGUUAAUGUCUGCUUCAUUAUGAUUAUAAAACGCAAUAGCAUUGAAUGUUGCUGACAGGAAACGAACGCUUGAGUUGUUGUAAUACAAUACAUAUAUUAGUACAGUAGAUUCAGUAUAUUGUAGUUUUAUAUCGAGAAGAUGUCUCCAAUUCCUGUUGUUCCUCUGAUCAUCAACUGUUGUAUGUCUGCACUUGGGUGCAUUGCAACAGUCAAGCUUAUUCCUGCCUUUAAGGAACAUUUCAUAUCUGCAAGACUUUAUGGCAUGGACUUAAAUAAAACCACAAAGAAAGAGGUACCCGAGUCACAGGGUGUAAUCAGUGGGACAGUCUUCCUCAUCAUCCUCUUCCUCUUCAUCCCUGUUCCAUUCUUACAGUGCUUUAUGGGAGAGAAGUGUCAACGGUUUCCUCACAACGAGUUUGUUCAGCUGAUCGGUGCAUUGUUGGCCAUCUGCUGCAUGAUUUUCCUGGGCUUUGCUGAUGAUGUUCUGAACCUGCGAUGGAGACACAAACUUCUGCUGCCCACCAUGGCCUCUCUGCCUCUCCUCAUGGUUUACUUCACUAACUUUGGCAACACUGUCAUCGUCGUGCCAAAACCUUUCCGUCUCCUUUUGGGGAUGCAUUUGGACCUGGGAAUUCUGUAUUAUGUGUAUAUGGGAAUGUUGGCUGUGUUUUGCACAAAUGCGAUCAACAUCUUGGCUGGCAUCAAUGGCAUUGAGUCUGGACAGGCUCUCUUCAUAUCAGGGUCCAUCAUCCUCUUUAAUUUACUGGAACUCAAUGGAGACUACAGAGAUGACCAUGUUUUCUCCUUGUACUUCAUGAUUCCUUUUUUCUUCACCACAUUAGCUCUCUUCUACCACAAUUGGUAUCCCUCUUCUGUGUUUGUGGGAGACACUUUCUGUUACUUUGCUGGAAUGACAUUUGCAGUUGUCGGGAUACUCGGCCACUUUAGCAAGACAAUGCUGCUUUUCUUCAUCCCUCAAGUCAUCAACUUUAUUUACUCACUGCCUCAGCUCUUUCACAUCAUUCCCUGCCCUAGACAUCGCCUGCCUAGGUUACAGUCAGACACAGGAAAGCUGGGCAUGAGCUACUCCAAAUUCAAACAGAAAGACCUUGGCAAAUUAGGGCAACUUAUUCUAAAGGUGGCAGAAAAGUUAUGGGUUCUGGAUGUGCGUAGAGGGCAGGAAGGAGAUGAUGAGUUUAUUGAGUGUAACAAUAUGACCCUUAUCAAUCUGGUGCUGAAAAUACUGGGACCUACCCAUGAGAGAACAUUGACUGCAAUCAUGCUGUUAAUGCAGGUUUUGGGGAGUGCUGUGGCAUUUGGCAUUCGUUAUCACCUUGUGCGUCUGUUCUAUGACGUCUAGAAAACUUGAGAACCUGAGAUACUCUACAACUUGCUGCUUUCAUUUGGACAAACAACUGAAUCAACUGAUUUUUAAUAUAUAUAUAUAUAUAUAUAUAUAUAUAUAUAUAUAUAUAUAUAUAUAUAUAUAUAUAUAUAUAUAUAUAUAUAUAUUAUUACUAUCUACUGCCUGUUUUCUAUAAAAAUCUCAUUGCAGUACAGUGUAUUUCAGCUCUUCUGUUUGUGUAUCUGCAUGUGAAGGGACAAUCUACACGUAAGCCCCCAAUACUCACUGGGACAUGAAGGCUCUGUAAAUAACAAUGUCAGCAUGAGGAUUUCCAAUAAUGUGGGGCAUCCUGAAAAGCAGACGGUUCUAUUUUGAAAAAUUAUGUGAAGCAUUUACAUUCAGGGAUAUUUUAGACAGUUGGUGUGAACAUUUCUGAAAUAUUGCUGAAACACAUGUGCACUUAUAUUUUUCUGUGUCAGAGCAAAUAACAUGACUCAUUUGAAUAAACCAGUGUGACAAUGGACCAUGUUAGCUUCAAGAAAAGAAAAUGGAGCAUUCAAACUUGAAAUCCAACAUAACCAAAAUAUGCUGAUUGUUUUGAUAAAAAAUAAAAAAAUAUAUAUAAACCUA